AUGGAUAACGAUAGUGACUUGAAUGAAAUAUUUUUAAGAUAUGGAACUAAUUGGACGGCUGAUUACUUAGACGAUAUUGACACUUCACAGUAUCCAUUCCCAAAUGUACUAUGGCAUCGGAAAUCAACAAGAGAAGUGGCUGUCAAAACAGCUGCAAUGCUCGUUAUUGGCGUCAUGGGCAUCUUUCUAAACUCCAUAAUUCUUUCCAUCCUUGUCAAAAACAGAUGGCUCUGGACUGCUAGUAAUUAUCUAGUUGGGAACCUGGCUUUAGUGGACCUGUUGACUUUAAUAUUAUGCCCUUGGUUCAUGCUAGUCAGGGACUUUUAUCAGCAUUUUGUAUUAAGGAAUUUCGGAUGCAAGUUUGAAGGAUUUUUACAAGCUACUUUUCUCCUAGCUAGUGUUGGGGCUGUAAUAUUGGUCUCCUAUGAUAGACUAGCUGCAGCUGCUUUGAAUUCCGAAGCAAGAGUCACCAAGGCUGCUGCUCCGAAGCUAAUCUUUGCGACUUGGUUUAUUUCAAUUGCCCUGUCACUACCUUGGAGUAUUAGAAGGGAAUUCAUGGAAAGGCAAUGGCUAGAUUACUUGGAGAUGUACUGCGCUGAAGACGUCAAAGUGCUAAGUAUCUAUUGGCAUUUCAUUACAAUUCUUCUAGUCUGGUUGCCUUUGGGAUUAAUGACAGUAACUUAUGGUACAAUUAUAUGGCGCUUGGAAUGGAGUGCUCGGAAACUAUCGUCUAACGGUGGAGGUCAGGUAGUGACCAAGGCAAAAGGCAGGGCGAUGAAGAUCACGGCGUGUGUACUGCUCGCAGCCGCGGUUUGCAGAAUACCAUACACCGUGUUGGUCUAUUGGAGGAACAAUUUGACGUUGGAGAUUAAUGCGGUCGAAGGUGCAUACAACAUUAUGUGGUUUGUAGCAAACUAUUUGAUAUACGUGAACUGCGCUAUAAAUCCGCUUAUCUACGGUUUCACUAACCUAAGAUUCCGAAGGGCUAUGGACAGGACUGAUGGUGUCGCUUGGUUCAGAUUCAGUUCUUGGUGUUGCACGUGCUCUAUGUUCAACUCAAAGAAAGGACCCCCGCUUGAUAAAAAUAUGGCGAAGAUUUUCGUAAUAGAGAACAGUCCUCGUCCAAAUAAGAAGCUAACCCGAGUAAUAAAGAACAUACUUCACAUAAAUAGAGAUACUGUUGAACUGAGUAUGCCGAAAGUUGAAGAGGUUACAACGAAACCGACAAAAAUCACACCAAUAAAAGUAGACAACAUUUAACU